GGGACCUGGAUAGUUGGUAAUUGGUGACAUAUUCAUUCUCUCACUAUCCCUCCCCUUAAAUUGUAGAUUUGUAAAAGGCAUAGCAAAUAGUGAUCACGUCAAACAGACCAACUCUUCGGCAUCGCCAGAGUGGUGAAAGUAACCCCACAAUCGGGAUACCCUGCUGCCCGCUGCCGAAUAAAGACGUCCUCGUGUGACUUGUACCGAGCGACUGGGUUCACCGUCAUAAAUUGGCAGGUGAUCACCGAGCUGUAUAUACAUAUAUACCACGGUCUCGUCCCAAUCCAGACUCUUCCUAAGGAAGCCGAGUAAUGAAAGUCGCCGCCGCUAUACAAUAGGACCCUUGGUGCAUUCGCCCCGAAGUCGCUCUCCCACUUUAUAAUUUUUCGGGGACCCCUCACAAGUCGCAAUUGAGCCGACUGAACCCCCACUACAACCGAACGACCUACCGAGCGCCAGCCAGACAGCUAACUCGGUCCCAGCACCACCAUCAUUGCGCGCGCGCAUCCUGCUUGACCGUUGUCGCCGCAAACCAAACAAAAUAAUCUGGACGUUUAUACUCUUUUAACUCUUGUGCCGUAGCGACUUCCAGUUGGGAGCGCACAUAACAAAGCCUCAACAAUGCCCUCCACCACCACCGCAGUCGACAACAUCGACUCCUCACAGUUCGACUCCAUCCCCGACACAAUCGAGGCCUUCCGCAACGGCGAAUUCGUCGUCAUCCUCGACGACCCCUCCCGCGAAAACGAAGCCGACCUCAUCAUCGCCGCCGAGUCAAUCACGACCCAACAAAUGGCCUUCAUGAUCCGGCACUCCAGCGGGCUCAUCUGCGCCCCCAUCCUCCCCGACCGCUGCUCGUCCCUCGACCUCCCCCAGAUGGUCACCCACAACCAGGACCUCCGCACGACCGCCUACACCAUCUCGGUCGACUCGGCCGACCCGUCUGUCACGACAGGCAUCUCGGCCCACGACCGCGCGCUGGUGUGCAGGCAGCUUGCUGAUCCUGCCUCCACCCCCGAGACGUUCAGGAGGCCGGGACAUGUUUUUCCGCUUAGGGCGAGGGAGGGAGGUGUGAGGGAUCGACGGGGGCAUACCGAGGCUGCUAUCGACUUGUGUAGGUUGGCGGGGAAGAAGCCUGCGGGAGUAAUUAGCGAGUUGGUGGAGGAUGGGAUCGAGGUUGAGGGACGGGCGGUGAGGGAGCAGCCGGGGAUGAUGAGGGGGCAGGCGUGCGUGGAUUUUGCGAGGAGGUGGGGGUUGAGGGUGGCGACGAUUGCGGAUAUGGUUGAGUAUCUUGAGAAGACGGAGGGGAAGUUGGUGAAGGGGGGGGUGAAUGGGACGCAAUAAGUUUGCGGGGGGACAAGAGUGUUGUACAAAGUUGGAGAGACGACUCCCCCAGGGUGUGGUAUAUUGCUACGCUUGUGUUUCCAAUAUGGCUUUUGUCUCACCUUUCUCUCUUACUUUUGCUUCACUGCAAGGUUGGAUAGUCCCUCUGGCUUCUUGGCAUAGAGCACACAUCACCACGAGGAGGCUGCUUUCUGUUGUCUUUGAAAUCAUGUAAAUGCAAAUUCUGUGGUAUUUUAAGGUCUGGGGCGCAUUGCGGGCAUGUGGAGAGGUUAGGUGCUUUGCGGUAGAUAAAAAAAAGAAGAGAAAGUGUUUUCCUUUUCGUGUGUUUCAGCAGGCGUGUGUGUGAAGUCGUUGGCGGAAUCUUAAAAGUGGCAUGGUCGGCGAUUUGACUAGAUCUUCAUCAGUCACUGCAAGC